AUGUCUUCAGCUACCUCUUUCUACGACUUCGAGCCCGUCGAUAAGAAGGGUGCUCCCUUCCCCCUCGCCUCGCUCUCCGGCAAGGUCGUCCUGGUCGUCAACACCGCCUCCAAAUGUGGCUUUACCCCUCAGUUUGAGGGCCUCGAGAAGCUCUACCAGAACCUGAAGAGCAAAUACCCCGAGGACUUCACCAUCAUCGGUUUCCCAUGCAACCAGUUCGGCAACCAAGACCCCGGCUCCGACGAUGAGAUCCAGUCCUUCUGCCAAAUCAACUACGGUGUUUCAUUCCCCGUCCUCGGCAAACUCGAUGUGAACGGUGACAAUGCCGCUCCCGUCUGGACAUUCAUGAAGGAGCAGCAGCCCGGUCUGAUGGGUCUCAAGCGCGUGAAGUGGAACUUCGAGAAGUUCCUGAUCUCCGCCGACGGAAAGGUCGUCUCACGCUGGGCUACGGUUACCAAGCCUGAGGGUCUUGAGGAUUCCAUCGUCAAGGAGAUCGAGAAGGCUCAGAAGGCUGGCACCCUUGCCUCGCAGCAGGGUGGUGCCGAGCAGGCUAAGCUGUCUUAG